UACAUCCACUUUCAUCAGUUCACUGUGAGACAGCUGCUUUUUAGAGGCAUUUCGUAUCGCGUGAAGCUCCACGACAUGAAGCGAUAAAGUCCCCCUAGAUUUUUUUACGCACAAAUGUUGUUUUUUGCACCAAGGCAACUAAUUGCAAUACACAGAGAUUUUCUCGCUCUGGCGUGUAACGUGAUGCAGUAGUUUCCGUAAAUGGUCUUUACUCGAUGGCGACAGUUCGGUGAUACUGAGCCGCAUGAGGUGCAGCCAGUGCUCCUCAGCAGAAACAUUUCACUUCACGAGCCACUUGACAGCCAUCUAUUUGAGUGGUUUUUACUUUUUGUUCAGUGGCGGGACUGUAAAAAUCUUAUUUCCAUGCGUCUGACUUCAUUCGCGGAUACUGCAUUUUCUCCAGAAGAAUGACUUCAGUGUGGAAAAGAUUACAAAGAGUUGGCAAAAAGGCCACUAAAUUUCAGUUCGUGGCUUCGUAUCAAGAACUUGUUCUGGAAUGUACAAAGAAAUGGCAACCAGACAAACUGAGAGUCGUGUGGACACGGAGAAACAGGCGCAUUUGCUCAAAGCUUCAUGCAUGGCAGCCAGGCAUCAAAAACCCCUACAGGGGAAUGGUGGUAUGGCCCGUACCUGAGAACGUGGAUAUUACUGUCACACUCUACAGGGACCCACAUGCGGAUGAGUUUGAAGACAAAGAGUGGACAUUUUUCAUUGAGAAUGAGACAGCGAAGGGCAGUCGGAAAGUUCUGGCGUCUGUGGACUUGAACAUGAAGAAGUUUGCCAGUGCCACACACUCACAGACGGACCUGAUGCUCAAAAUGAAGCCUCUGUCGGUUAAGGUGGUGGAGGCCACGCUGAAGCUCUCCUUAUCCUGUGUGUUCCUCAAGGAGGGGAAAGCUACGGAUGAGGACAUGCAGAGUCUCGCCAGUCUGAUGAGUGUAAAGCCAACGGACAUUGGGAACCUAGAUGACUUUAAUGAGAGUGAUGAAGAAGAGGAUAAAAGAUCUAGUACCGGUGUUAAUCUCAGUACUGCAGUUCCAGCACCCCACCUUCCUCUUCACUCCCAAGAAAAGAGACCUGCAUCUCUUAAGAGCCCUUCAGCAAUAGUCAGUGGUAAAGAGAGGCCUACUGGUGGUGUCCUCUCACGCCCAGUGUCUGGCAGUGUUCAUAACCCUGACCUGACAUCACGUCCACCUUUACCCACCCCACCCAGUCCAACCCCUCGCACCAUGCCCUCACCCGCCCGCUCCAGACCACCACGUCCACCACCCAUUGCCCAGCCACAGGCCCCACCUGACUCCCACACAGAGCAAAAUACUUCUGGUUUGCUCCCUCCAGCAUUGCCCAAAAUCUUCCAGCCAUCUCCUGGCUCAGCUCCUGUGUCCUUUCAAAGAAGACUGUCGGGCUCUGAGGCCCCUCUGGAGGGUCCCGUGACCUCCGACUAUCCUCUGCUCAAACUCCCUCGGGCUUCUCCUUCUGAUCCCUUCCUCUCUCACUCUCCUUCUCCUCCCACUAUGCUCCUGAAAGAUUCUUUCGGAGCCACUCGCACCAAUGUUUUUAAGCCCAAGAUUGUCCCCGGUGCUCGCCCUGUAUCCCCCACUCCUGUCCCUCUCCUCGAGGCCAAAACUUCUUCCCUCUCUCUCUCUGACACAUUUAAGCAUCCAUCUGCUGGCACUGUGCCAGAGAUACCCAGGGAGCUCAACACACUUACAGAGGAGGAUCAAACAAACCCGUUUCUACAAGAUUUACUUGCUGAAGAACCGAAGAACUCAGAGCCCAAAACAGACCAGUAUCGCUCAUCUCGGACUAUAUGCAGCACUAGCAUUGCUAAUAAACAAUCUCCUUCCUUCCUCCGUCAACCUGAAACCAUCAGCACUGAAAGAAAAGAGCUCAAACCUGCCAUGGCUGUAAAAAGUCUUGGGCCUGUUGGCAAGUCAUCAUUGAACACAUCUGGAGUACAGCCUGUGGAAGCUUCUAGAUCUGAGGAACUAGAUAUUGGAACUGUCUCUCCUCCACACCCAUUCUCAGCUCCAGCAACAACACCUCCAUCAUCAGUGGUUUCCACACACAUGGAGAAAAAUCAAGUUUUUAUAGCAGAGAAACCACCAUUGGCUGAGGAAGAACCAGAUUUUAAAGUGGCCGAUUUCGAUAAAAUGAUCAUAACCUCUCAACCCAUUAAAGAUGUUACUGUUGGCAAAUGCCCUGAGAAAGAACCACUCAAAAUUGACAUUGAACAACCAGUGCAAUCCAGUCUGGUUCAAACCUUUUCAAUAACCGAUGGUGACAAAAUAAAGCAACCAAAAAACACAAACAUUGAAUCAGCAGGGGAAGUUUCUUCAAAAGGGGAACCGAAUGUGCAGAAUGCAAAGGGUGCUCUGCUUUGUGGUGACCUCAACAAGUCAGACGAGGACAAGAUAAUAAAGAAAUUUGCCUCAGCUGGUGUUAUCCCUACAGAACACAAUAUCCCCAACAUUUUAUCCAGCUCAUCACCUCUAAAGCAAAAACCUACAGAUCUUCCCAGGGAAAAAAGUCAAGUGUGGGUGGAAGAAGUCUUUGAAUCUAAGUCCAACCAUAGUUUGAGAGAGAAGCAGUCCCAUAAGGAUAAUCUGGCCAAGAGUUUGACUAUUGAGGAAAGUCAAAAUGAAAUGGCCUUAACUCCACCUGAAAGGCCUAGUGUUAGCCUCAAAGCGGCUUCCCCUCAAAUAUCAGAUUUGCCCAAAGAGCUUCCUUUCAUUCAUCCCCAAUCCCUGGAGCCCAAAGUCCUUAAAUGCAUCUCAGAACAAACUCCAGAAGUCAGUCAACCACCAAAACCAGAGCUGAUUUUGAAGAAGCCAGACAACACAGUGUUAACGCAGAAGAGUGUGGAGGUCCAUUCACUUGCCCAAGCAGAAGUGCCAAUCUGGAGUUCUCUGAAAGAGAAUGUAAAGGAUCAGGAGGAUGAAGCAAGGGAUGAGGAAAUAAAUAAGCACAAAAUACCUGACAAGAUGCCAAAAGAAGAAAAUAAAGCUGAAAUGUCCUCAAAAAAAUCUUUAGAAGCAGGCGAAGAAAAAGCCGUUAUCCAAGUCGAGGAUGCUGAGAAUCUCCGUAUAAAUGAACCAGAUUCCCAACAGCCGAUACCCUCCAUUGUCCUUAAACCACAUCCAGCUCAGACUAUUAAGGAGAAGAAAAAAGAAGCUGUUAAAGUCAGUAUACCGGUCCGUAUGAAGCCUCUACUUCCUGUGAUCUCCCCUGCUGUUGCUGUAAAGGACAAAAGAACUUCAGUGCAUCUGGAGGACAUUUGCCCUCUGAUGCCCAACCUGUCUCUGGAUACAGAGUCUGAUGGAAAUGGUUUAAAGAAAAAGGUCACAUUUGAGGAAGAGAGUGUGUUAUGGGCUGCGGUAGAGGAGAAAACAAAAGAAAAAAGUGAUGAAGUUGUUAGCAUGUGCAAGUUGAUUCCAGAAAAAGAGGUCCUGGAUAGGGGCCAAUGUGGACAAGAAACAUCAGAAACCAAGCUGAAGGAGCAAGAGGAUUCCUUUGCCUUGUCCCAUUCCCACCACAAACUAGAUAAAAAUGCUAACAGAGAAAGCCAGAGGGAAGAUAAUAUAGAGAAGACCAGUAAAGAGGAAGAUUCAGAUGAUAAGAUGCCGAAAACUGGCAGUGAGACUAUUUGGGCAACUCAAGCUGGACCUAAAGAAGAUCUGAAGACUGUUAGUGUCUGUUCAGGACCCGGACUUGGCCUUGAGCUUGAUGUAGGAACAGACAGAAACGUGGACACCUGCAUACAGGAACAUGACUCAGUUUCUGACCAGGAAGAAGUAUCUGUAGGCUUCAUACGGGGGAUUUUCUGUGUUCUGUAUAAAGGUUAUGAGACCAUGACAUCAAUACUACAGCAGCCAAGCACAUCAGAAACCGAUGUUAAAGAUGACACGAUUUUGGAUGAUCAAGAUGGAUCUGUGGUCGAAAUUCUCCCUCCCGAGGCCUUCUCUGACACCAAAAUUGAGCAUCCAUCCGACGAUGAGCCCCAGGAAUCAAUAAUCCAGGAUUUGUUACCUUCUGGCGAGUUACAGAUAGAUAUUCAGACCUCCGAGCCUGUGACCAUGAGCUUGGUGGAGUGUUUAAAACUGGCUGCCAGAGAAACUCAAAGCGGAUCUAUGAACUUCAAGACCCAGGAUAAAGGAAGCCCUUCUAAACAAAAAACAGCAAUUGAGCAAACCCAAAUACUGACACCAAUAGGAAAUGACAAAUACAUGAAGGUGGAAUUGAAGUCUGAGAGUGUGAUAUCAAAUGAAGAGAAGAAUGAAGAGCCAUGCUUACUUCUGGAGGAAGAAGAAGACAUGAAUGCUAAGAAAGAUGUGCAAAACCUCAGCUAUGUGGAAACAGAUCAUCUGGUGACCGAGGUAGACUUUGAGAAAAUAAAAAUACAAGAAAGCCCAAAAAGAAAUGGGCAUGAAGAACUUCUGCCUGGCAAGAUAACAGCAGCAGAUUUAAGGCCAGUGGCGGAGUCGGAGGGUUCACAGGAGGAGCUGGAGUUUGAACUAGGUCAGGAAGACUUAGGAACAGUGUGGUCUGCUGAGCUAUAUAUGGAUGGAGGACCAGAGGAAUCCUCAAUACCGCCAAUAGUUUUCACAGCCAUACAAACACUGGAAUCGCCUCUGACUGCCUUUCCACCAGAAUCUGGGCCUAUAUUAAAAGGCACUACACCAACGGAAACUAUUUCCCAAUCUGCUUGCAAAGUUGUUUCUCUGUGUCAAGACGAGAGUAUGCAGUCACCACCCCCAGUGCCUUUACAGGAAGUUGGCCCUGAUGCCAUCAGUCAAAAUAGUAGCUCUGCAGCUGCUAAAAGGCAUGUGGUUCCACAAUGCGAUGAACAAGGAACCACUCCUUCAGAUGUAACUAUAGAGACAGCAGCUGUAAAGACUGUUGAGAUAUGCAAAGAUGUUGCAAAAGAGACAAGUGAGAAUAACUUGUCACCACUAGAGGGAGACAAUACCAAAAGCAUGUCUAUUAACAACACUUCAAAAGUUGAGAUGGAAAAAGGGAGCAGCCCAGUCAUCACCAAGGCAUCAGAAAUUAUUAUUGUAGCAGCCACAGAAAGACCGGAAGACAUAAACGUUGAUGAGAACGUUGUUUCCGGGAAGGACAUUUCUCCAAGGAGCUCAGUGGUCCCAUGGCCAUUUCCUUCUCCUAAACUCGAAAGACACCGUGAGCCCUCAAAAAGUACAGAAAGUUCCAGUCUAAAGGAUGACGACCUCUCGGAGGAGAGCAUUCUGUUAGCAAAGAUUCGUCAAAUGGCAGAAGAAGAGAUGGCACAGCCGUCAGCUUCUGCUCCAUGCACUAAGAAACGCUUGAUCCCCUGCAAGUCUGAUUUUGAACUUCCUCCAACUCCUCCCAUGCAACUAAAUUCCAGCAUGAAACUGCCCAUGGAUGAAAUACGACCGAAUUUAGAUCGGACGGAGAUUACAAAAACACUCAGACCUCCACCGUCAGUGAUUUCCCCAGAGCAGAUAGAUGAGAAGAUUGACAUCAGUAAGUCUCAGACUCCCUCUGUGCCACUGGAGAGCUUUAAAUUAGAUGAUAGCCACAGCGAAGCCAAUGCUAGAAAUGCUGUUUUAGAUGAUAAUGUCCAGUUAAACAAGCAAGAACAAAACAUCCAGCUGGAAUGUAUGGCAGCUGAAAGGGAGUGCCAAGAUACACCAGCUGUUAAGCCCGCAAACCAGACAGAGAACACAGAAACAGAAGCUGAAACUAAGAAGAAGGAAGAACCAGAAUUAAGUAUUGAUAGAAGUGAAGAGGCUCAAAUAGAGCAGAAUAAGCCACCAUCUCCAGUGCCUGAUGAAUUGUCUAGUCAUCCUCAGGAAAAGGAGUCCUCUGCUGUGUCCCCAGAGGCUAAAGGGAGCGAGACGCCAUCUAGAAGCCCAGGCAGCAUGCAGGUUAAUGGCCAGACCACUGCAGAUGCAUCCCAUGUGAUUGUGCCUCCAGUGCGCAUUAAAAAGAAAAUAAUUCCACCACCAAUGGACCUUGCAAUAGUAAAAACAAUGGAUGAAUCAAUUAAGGAGGGUUCCGCAGUGCCUGCAUGGGAUUUUGCCAGUCCACUGCCCAGUCCUGGUUUGGUGACCUCCAGUCAGUCCUUGCUGGAGUGGUGUCAAGAGAUCACUAGAAACUACAAGGGAGUAAAAAUCACAAACUUCAGCACCUCUUGGCGUAACGGCCUGGCGUUCUGUGCCAUCUUACAUCACUUCCACCCUGAGAUAAUUGACUUUGAUGCAUUGGAGCCUCACAACAUAAAGCAUAACAACAAAGCUGCUUUUGAUGGUUUCGCAUCACUGGGAAUAUCUCGUCUGCUGGAGCCCUCAGACAUGGUGCUUCUCUCUGUGCCAGAUCGUUUGAUUGUCAUGACGUACUUGUGCCAAAUCCGUGCACACUUCACUGGGCAGGAGCUGAGUGUGUUACAGAUAGAGCAGAACAACAGUCAGUCCAGCUAUGCAGUAGCCAGUCCAAACCAAGGGUCGGAUGUACAAGCAGCAGCCAGAUUCUGUGCAGAGAGGCUCCAGGCUGGAGCCCUGUCAGGAGAGAGUAACAGCAAGGACUCACUGGGAGAGGAGGGAAGUGACACUGUGGCUAAGCCAAACGGAGGUCUUGUUCCUCCACCUCGGACUAAACGUGCAGGAAAGGUGGAAGAGAAGGGCAGUAAGGAGACAGAGGGAGGCGUGCAGACUCCUGUGGCCCCACCACGACCAAAUGCAGCGGCUUCCAGAUCAGGAUUCGGGCACAUACGAGAUGCAGAUCUGGUGAAGAAACGGCGGUCGCGACUAAAGAGCGAAUCCAUGGAUGAGACUGAUUCAAAGGAGCAGCCAAAGGAGUCAGAUAAAGGUGAACUGACAGCUGAAGGAACUAAUGGCUCAACAGCUGCCAGAGAAAGUGCUGAAACUGAACCUCAGGAAGCAAACCAAGAUGUUAAAUCAGCAGAGAGUGAGACAAUGUGUCUGCAGGACACCAAUCAAUAUGUGUUGAGUGAACUUCAGGCCCUGGAAACUGAACAGAAGCACAUAGACAGCAGAGCUGCAGUCGUGGAGAAAAGACUACGAAAGAUCAUGGAGACGGGAAGUGAUAAAGAUGAAGAAGAGAAGCUGAUUCAGGAAUGGUUCACUCUGGUCAACAAGAAGAAUGCUCUGAUCAGGAGACAGGACAAUCUUGAGCUGCUGCAAGAAGAGCAGGAUUUAGAAAGAAGAUUUGAGCUGCUAACCCGAGAGCUCAGAGCCAUGAUGGCUAUUGAAGACUGGCAGAAAACUCAGGCCCAGCAGCACAGAGAACAGCUACUGCUACAGGAACUGGUGUCACUGGUCAACAAGCGGGACGAGCUAGUCAGAGACAUGGAUGCAAAAGAGAGAGGGGCUUUGGAGGAGGAUGAGAGAUUGGAGAGAGGUCUGGAGGCAAGACGUAGAAAAUACAGCAAUAAGGAAAAGUGUGUUCUUCAAUGAAGAAACUUGAAUUCUUCUGAAAACUGUGGCUCACUGCACCAGAGAUUAUUUAAAUGACUUGGACUACACCAGGACAUUAGUGUGCCUUCUUUUCACUUUCAGAGACAUUUGGCUUAAAUGUGAAGCCCUUCCUCAAAACAUCUUAAAGAUCUCAGUGACAUCUCAGUGGGAUAUAAAACAUGUCCAGUGUAGAUCAGACAAGUUAUUCCCUAAAAGUUUGCACAACGUUUUGAAGGUUUUCCAAGGUUGCACUGGUUAAGAGUUUGGUAUUUUAAGCAAUAUUACUUUAAAUCUGAAAAUCUGAGAGAAGGUCUUUAUUGUUUUAUUGGAAAAUAAACAAACAGCCUUCACACACCUGCAUGGUUGCAGACAGUUGAACUGAAUACAAGAAAUAAGAAGAAGAAAAGGGAAAAAUUCUGCACACAUUUGUAGGUUGCAAGAAAUCCAAUAUUUAUUGAGACUUCUGUCACACAACCUUAGUCAGGAUUUUUUUUUUCCUGAAGAAAAUAAAACAUUGCUCAAUAAAUAAUAGAUUUCUUUCAAGCUGCAGCAGUGAGCAGGGUUUUCUCACCUUUGUUGUUGUUUUUUUGUAUUUAAGAUGUAUCGAACAGACAAAGAGACUUGCGCCAAAGUUUGCUGUUUUUACAUUAUUUAUUUAAGUGUGCUGUUUCCUGGUAUGCCAACAUGUCUCUGUUGGGCUGUUGUCUUGUAUUAGCUGCAAAUUAUAUUCUCUGAUGUUUUAUCAGACAAUAUAUGUCUCCAAAUGAAUGUAUUGAUAAAGUUAUUUUGCAUUGCAGUGCCUUUAGAGGUUUAAUACCUUUUGAAAGGGGGCUUUUUAUAUAAAAUGUACCCAUUCUGUAUCUUUGUGUUUUAAACCUUGAAAGCUAACUCAAAAUGAAAAAUAUUUAUGGGCUGUUUUAUAGAUAUACAAAAAGUAUUUU